UGUCAACCAAUCAUUUGUCACCGUACUACAGCCCGGAAAUAGAGCUACAAACUGUUCUCCAAAAUGGCGACUCACGAGCCUAUGUCCAUCCCGAUGCGUCUCAGAAAUCAGCUCCAGUCUGUCUACAAGAUGGACCCGCUAAGGAACGAGGAAGAAGUAAAGGUUAAAAUCAAAGACUUGAAUGAACAUAUUGUCUGUUACCUAUGCGCUGGCUACUUCAUUGACGCUACAACCAUUACUGAAUGCUUACAUACAUUUUGUAAAAGCUGUAUAGUGAAGUAUUUACAGACAAGCAAGUACUGCCCAAUGUGUAACCAAAAAAUCCAUGAGACUCAGCCACUUCUGAACCUGAAACUGGACCGGGUUAUGCAAGACAUCGUCUACAAGCUAGUGCCAGGUCUUCAGGAAAAUGAAGAUAGGAGAAUUCGAGAGUUUUAUCAAUCUCGAGGGUUGGAGCGAGUUAUUCAGCCUCCCACUGAAGAACCAGCACCAGAUCCCACAAACUUACCUUACACAAGUUUUGAUCAUGCUAAAGCACACUACUACAGAUACGAUGAGUUAAUCUCCCUCUGCUUGGAAAAGCAAAGCUCCUCUGGCAAAGAUAAAAACAAGCACAUUUUGCAGCAGAAGUUUGUUCGCUGUCCAGUACGCACAGAAAUCCGACAGCUGAGGAGAGUCCUUUGUCACAAGCUACGGGUGGACCUACAGCAUGUACAGAUACUGUUCCGAAGUGAAUCCCUGCCUGAUCAUAUGUCUAUGAAGCAGUUGUGGCUCUCAAAGUGGUAUGGCAAGCCAGCACCUUUGAUGUUACAGUACAGUGUUAAGGAGAAAAGAGGAAGAUGAAACCAACAGAUCAUAAUAAAAGAUUUUAUUUGAACAGAG